AUGCCGGUUCAUCUCAUAUCGCGUCGUCCCUCCCCGACUACCGCAUUAUUCACAGUUUCCAAUGCCUCUAGGCAUGCAAGCACCCCAGCGAAACUGUUCUUCUACUUUCAACUUGUUUUGCGAGGAGUAAUAUUCACCGGGGUACUAUUCUUCCAUGCUGCACGAUUCCGUCAUACACUCUUUGGGGAAGAUGGAUCUGUCCUGCGCUGGACUGAAAUAUGGUCGAGCCCGUUGGGAUCUUCUGUCUGUCGUAUCGCUGAUACUUAUAACUUUGUGGCCACUGCUCUCGUGAGUGUGCUCGUGAUAUACAGCGUAUUCAGGAAGGGCUACACAGAGGAAUCACUCUUAGUUAUCCGAGGUUUAGGAAUCCAAACGUCUACAUCUUCCCCCACUUAUCUUUCCAAAGCUGCGACAAGAUUCAUACCUACGACUGAAAUUCAAGACAUUGUCAUACAUGAGGCUUUUAAGGGGUUCGAGGUGCGAUUCUACUUGGCUGUGAUUGUUGUGGGAGAACCGGAGGCUGUUGUGGUAUUUCCGAAACUUCUACCCAACAGGGCAAAGUUGGAGGAGGUUUGGAGGGGCUCGCGACAUUGCUUGUACGAUUCAAAGCCAUAA